UCCCCUAUACUAUUCGCUAAAUAACGCCCCCUUAAGGCUUACACGUUCGUACUUAAUUAAUUAAGCUUUGGGCUGUGAAUUAAGCAACUAAUAUAGAUCAGUACGAACGGGGACCUCAACUACUAAACCUAAAAACUUAAAUUCUCCUGCCGGACCGUGGUCCCAAACGUUAACUACUACAGUCAACACCGGGGUCAAGCGCGUGAGCUUCAAACUCUUCCUGAACCAAAAAAAAAAAAAAAACCAAAGCAGAAGAAGUGAGCUGUGUAGUGGAGCCCACCAGCCAUGUGCUCUCCUUCCUGUCUCCUCCCACCAGCCUAGCUUCCUCCCCUUCUCUCAAAUCAUUAGUUCACUACCUCCUUCUCCUUCUCCUUCUCCUCUUCCUUCUUCUCGUGAGAUAGAGUUAUAAUAUAGUGAAAUCCAUCCCCCACUUAACAAAACCCCUUAUUAUGGCGAACAACGACGGAGCUGUGGCCAACGGCGUCAUAAUCGAGCAGACGACGUCAAACAAAGGACCUCUUAACGCCGUCAAGAAACCCCCUUCUAAAGACCGACACAGCAAAGUCGACGGAAGAGGGAGAAGGAUUCGUAUGCCAAUCAUUUGCGCUGCUCGAGUUUUCCAGUUGACCAGAGAGUUAGGUCACAAAUCCGACGGUCAAACCAUUGAGUGGCUCCUCCGUCAAGCCGAGCCUUCUAUCAUAGCCGCAACUGGGACUGGCACUACUCCGGCUAGUUUCUCAACCGCUUCUCUCUCCACUUCCUCUCCGUUCACACUCGGAAAACGCGUUGUGAGAGCUGAGGAGGGAGAGUCCAACGGUGGCGGCGGCGGAGGAGGGUUAACUGUGGGACACACUAUGGGGACUUCGUUGAUGAGUGGUGGUGGUGGUGGUUCUGCUGGGUUUUGGGCUGUUCCGGCCAGGCCGGAUUUCGGACAAGUUUGGAGCUUUGCAACCGGAGCUCCACCGGAGAUGGUUUUUGCGCAGCAGCAGCAGCAACCAGCUACACUCUUUGUCCGUCACCAGCAACAGCAGCAACAUCAAGCUUCCGCGGCCGCAGCAGCUGCAAUGGGUGAGGCUUCAGCAGCUAGAGUUGGGAAUUAUCUACCGGGUCAUCAUCUCAAUCUGCUUGCUUCUUUGUCGGGUGGAGCUAACGGGUCGGGUCGGAGGGAAGACGACCACGACCCACGUUGAAUAAAUUAAGGGUCUUUGUCUUUUUUGGUAUGUAUAGAGAAGAAGUCCUAUGUUUUUUAAUGUCAUCGAAAGUGUUUUAGGAGAGUGAGAGUAUUUGCCUGGGCUCUUAUAAUUCUAGUUAAUUUUUAAGCUUAAAUUGCGUGUUUUGGUUAGGGUUUUAGGGGGUUUAAGAAUAUCUCAAAAUUUGUUUUCGGGGAGUGAAAGAAACAGAGAACGAUUGAUUGAUUGAUUGAUUGUUGUACUUUAAAACGCCAUAAAAGCUCUGUUUUUGCUGGCCAAACAGAGCCAUUAAAAAUCAAAAUCUUUAGAAAACUAAAGAAGAACAGCAAAAACUUCUGGUC